AUGACAAUUCGAAACCCGAACGUUUUGAUAAAGCGAGGAAAUUUACGCGCACAUGUGUGCGACUUGCCAAGGACGUCUGGUAGCAAUUUGCCGAAAUUACCUCCAAACGCAAGAUUCUACAGUCGUUGGAAGCGAAACCUUCAGAAGCUCGUUCUUGUUUCCAUUCGACACCCUUUAACAAGUUCGGUCUUUCGUAGUCAAACAGCCGUUGCUUUCGAAAAGAAAAGGCACUCAAAAUCAUCUCAUCGAUGGAUGAUCCAUCCAUUUAGUAUGUUAAGGUUCUACUGGGACACGAUAAUGACUAUCAUUUUUUUAUAUAUUUUUGUGACGGUUCCGCAUAUUAUGUGCUUCUACAGAAUCGGAAAAAGUAGCAGUCCUGAACGUUGGAAUAUUGUGUAUCCAACUUACGCCAUUUGCAUCAUCGAUAUAUUCCUGAAUUUUAUCACCGGAUUUAUAUCGCCUGAUGGACAUGAGAUUUUUCUUGACACCACUCUAAUAGCACGACGUUAUGUGAAGGGAUACUUCUUUGUUGAUCUUAUCAGCUCAGUACCAUACACGUGGUUUUAUCCCACACUUAUCUUACCACCUGGUCCAGAUUCGAAUUCUGCGUUACUUAUUCUUGAAUUCUUGCCUAUCUUGAAAUUGAUUCGCAUGCCUACAGUACGGCGAAAUAUUCAACAGAUCAAUGCGAGUUGUGGGAUUCCUCAAGCUCAACAUAUAACAAUAUGGCUCGUUAUUUUAACAUUAUUAAUAUUUCACUGGAGUAGCUGUGUAAGUUAUAUCUUUCCCUAUAUCGUCAUGCAUAUACAAGGAAAAACGAUGAAAGUACGUGUGAGUAAUUUGAUCGGCUCUAAUUUCGUAGAGUUUGACAGUUUUGGUAAUUUGGACACAAUAUUAAGAUGCAUACUUCUACUCUUGGGGAAAGGCUAUAUAAUUUACUUGAUUGUCACAAUCUUUCAACUCUUGGAAUCAUCGGCAAAGCCAAAACUCAAAUAUCAACGAAUUAUGCACGAAGUGAAAGAGUACAUUCAUCAGAAUAAGCUUCCAUUAUAUUUGCAAGACAAGCUGAUUUUCUAUUAUAAAUAUCGUUACCAGGACAACUUCUUCAAGGAAAAUAUUAUAUCUGACACUCUUUCAGAUCACUUAAAUCAAGAAACUCUAUUUCAUAGCAACCAAAGAUUGCUAGAUAUCAUGAUUCUUCAUAAUUUGCCCCGCAAUGUCCUUGGUGAUUUAACAACUUUACAAAAGAUGUAG